ACCUUCUGUUUCUCCCCGGACUGCCUUUAAAGCGGACUCAUGUGGCGGUUUUGUCGCUGCUAAAACACAUUUUUAUUUUAUUUUUUUUCUUCUUUAUCAAAAUGCAAUCAGACAGUCGCCGAUGGGAAACGCUAGAAGCCUUGAAAAACUCUCCAAAAGGGAAACUUCACUAUGAUCCGCACUGGUCUGACAGAGGAGAGGACAUUUUGGCAGGUUACGAGGAAUCCCCCAGCCUCUCCUCGUACUCUGCUUCUGUGGUGGAGCGCCUCAGUUCGCUCCAUUUAAACAAGUCGAGGUUUAGCUCCGGAUCCGGUGAUUCGAGUCCGGGUUUCUCUGAGAAUGCCCACAACUCCUUCUCCUCUUGCUCCAUCCUCAGCCUCAUUAACAGGAAUCACAAUGGGCUUUCCACAGUCUCCUCAGCCUCCCCCACAAAACAGGACACGGAACAGGUGGUCAGUGAACCCUCCAUAGAACCAGAGCCUCCUGCUGAAGUGGUGCUCAGUCCCCCUCCGACCACGGGGCUCCUCCUAGUGUCGCCCAAAGAAAUAAAAACGGCCGGACAAAUCAUUCGCUGCCAGGAGGAAAUGAGGGAGAAAGCCAAGCUGGCGGUGCGUAGGAGGCAGGAGGAGCAGGAUAAGCUGGUGGCGGCGGUGGUGAGCUCAGAGACGGAGCAGCUCAAACGCUUCGAGGAGCUGAUGGAGCUGAAGCAGAGACAAGACCUGCAGAGUGUGAGGGACAUGAUGGACAGAGAAACAAAGGAAAGCAUGGGGCGACAAGAAAAACUUAAAGAGGAACAGCGGCAUCGAACAAAGAUUUUAAACCUUCGUCUCCGCGAGGCCGAGCAACAGAGGUUGAGAGAGGCGGAGCUGGAGAGGCAGAGGCAGGCAGAGGGCAGGGAGCGUCUCCGAACUCUAAACUCCAUCCAGGAAGAAGUCUUACAGCUCAACCAGGUCCUUAACCAGGCCUUGAACUCCCCCAAGGACCCCAAAGACCCCAGCGCACAAGUCCUGGUGCAGAGUCUGGCCGCGCUGUGCCAGAGGGGGAACCAGCUGUGCUCCCAGGUCUCUGAGGUGGUCCGGAAAACUGCGGAGGGUGAUUUCCCGAGUGUGGAGGACAUGACCAUAGCCGAACGCGCCCUCCACAACAUGAGAGCUCUGAUCCAUCAGCAGCAAGAGGAGGUGAACAGAGCCGAGGAGAAGAAGAAGAAAGAGGCAGAGCUGGAGGAGCAGAGGAAGAAAGAGGCGGAGCUGAAGGCCAAACAGGAGGCAGAGAAGAAGGCAGCGGAGACGGCCAAAGAGAAGGCCAAGAGAACAGGGCUCCAGAGCGUCCCAGAAGACUCCACUCUGAAAUGGUACAAAGAACUCCAGGACUCUGCCGACGCUGUGGCCCAGUCCUUCGAAGAGCUGAACUCCACCAAAGACGCCAAGUUGAAGAAGCUGAAGUUGAAUUUACUGAAGGCGUCUGUGAUCCCCGUCAGUCAGAUCUCCACCAACUCUGGCUCCCACCUCCGCGAAAUCUUUGACAAAAUCGACAAACUUCUGAGCGGCAAAGUGGUGCAGUCCGGAGGGACGUCUGUGUCUACAACACAUCACCCGCAGGGACGUCAGUUCGCCUGCUACAAACUCGCGGAGAAGUUUGUGAAACAAGGCGAGGAGGAGGUAGCAUCUCACUUCGAAGCGGCCUUCCCCAUCGCAGCCGUGGCCUCGGGGAUCUGGGAGCAGCACCCCAUCGUGGGAGACCUGUUCCUGGCUCAUCUCCACAGGAAGUGCCCCUUCUCCAUCCCCUACAGCCCCCGGAGGGAGGACGCCACCUCAGACGUAGAGCACCAAAGGAUGAUGGGCUACCGUGUGGAUGAAUCAAGCGGGCUGGAAACAGAUGACAGUUUUCUGAAGCGCAUGUCGGGGAUGAUCCGGCUCUACGCUGCCAUCAUUCAGAUACGGUGGCCUUACGGGUCCAAACAAGGGCCUGCGCCACACGGCCUGAACCACGGCUGGAGGUGGUUGGCUCAGAUGCUCAACAUGGAGCCACAGAAGGACACCACAGCUACUCUGCUCUUUGACUUCCUGGAGGUUUGUGGAAAUGCCCUAAUGAAACAGUACCAAGGCCAGUUCUGGAAACUCCUCCUGUUUUUAAAAGAGGACUACUUCCCAAGAAUUAAAGCAGCAACCAAAGACGGACAGAUGGGAUCACUCACCAGACUCGAACAAUUUCUAGAGACUUCACUCCGGAACAGACAGAUCAGCCCUCCGAAGGGUCAACUCACCUCUGUUUUCUGGAGAUCAUGAUCCAAAAGAAAUACUAAACAUGAACUCGAAGGCUUAACCCAGGCCACCUACCUCCUGUAAACAAAUGGAGGAAGUCUACAGACGCAUACGACACUGUGGGACUGCUUUUAUUUAUUAGAAAAUUCACUAUAGAAACCUCCAAAAAAGACAGCAUUGUUUGAGAGAUCGUGAGAAAGUGUUGAAACAUUAAAGGUGCUAUACCUGAUUUUUAUGGUCUCUUAAAAACAUGGUUAUGGCCAGAAUUAUUCUUCACUUUUUUUAUAGAAUCCACAGAUCUUAAUGAUUCACCUUGAUGAGUUUGUAAGUGUGUUUCUCAACUUUCAGAAACUCGAGUCAAAGUAAAGCUUACAAUUAAGAUGCUAACCGCGCACCUUCCAAUAAAACAGGACACAACAGACUUAUUUUUAUUUGACCUUAAGAUUGGCUUAUACACAGGGCUGUAGACAGGGAAGGGCAAAGGAGUCUGUUGUCCCGGAGCCCAGAAUUGGACUAUUUUCCUACUUUUUAUAUUUCAGGGGGCCCCAUGUGAAGCUUCUUGCCCUGGGCCCCCAAAUUUCUGCUGCCGGCCUGCUAAUGCAAUAUAUCUGUAUUGGCGAAAGAAAAAAAAAAAAAAUAAAAUCAGGAACAGGCCCUUAAAGGUACUACAAUUAAAUCAACACAACUUGUGGCCGUAGAUUUGAAUGGAAGUCUGUUUAUUCUCAGAUUGUAUAUUUUUUACCAGAAUUUGAGAGAUGUGAUCAGUGCUGUUGUGUUUUAUGUCCAUAUGAAUCCUACACUGAAAACAUUUUUUGUAUUUAUUUUUGUAUUUAGACCAUGUUAAAACCAGCAAUUACAUGUGAAUGAAGUAAAGGUGCUUUGAAAGAAAAACAGUCUUUGGAUGUUUUGCCAAAGUCUAAAAUAAAACUGUUUUUUUUUACUUAC